CAUUUUUAUGUAUUUGCAGCUCAAAACCUCUCACAAAUAUAAUAACCAAUACUCUGCAUCAAGGAAAAAAACCAUUUCUUGCAGACCAACAUGAGGACUAAAGGCAGUCAAGCCCUCAAUUUUAAGGUCCUCCUUUUAGGAGUUUUCUUUGCUUUUCUCCUCCUUUUUGUGUUAAGAUCAAGUAUAUCAUCUUCCCAAUAUGAUACAUCGGAUUUACAAACAUUUGCCGCAGCUAAAACUUCUAAUGGUGUUAAAGAAAGCAAAAGUGGAGCAAAUUGCUCGCCAUCUUGUGAUAAGAUUCCACGCUCUCUAGCCCAAGCUCUCAUUCACUACGCAACUUCGAGUAUCACUCCGCAGCAAACACUGAAAGAAAUCUCUGUCACUGCCAAAAUUCUAGAGAAGAAGUCACCAUGCAAUUUCCUAGUAUUUGGCCUAGGCCAUGACAGCCUUAUGUGGAGUUCCCUCAACUACGGUGGGAGAACAGUUUUCCUUGAAGAAGAUGAGGCUUGGAUUGAGCAAAUCCGACGUCGGUUUCCCAUGUUGGAGUCCUACCAUGUGACGUAUGAUAGCAAGGUAAACCAAGCUGAGAAUCUCAUGGACGUAAGCAGAGGACCUGAAUGCACAGCAAUUGCUGACCCUAAAUACUCAAUGUGCCAACUUGCAUUGAAAGGUUUGCCAAGUGAAGUUUAUGAGAUGAAAUGGGACUUGAUAAUGGUAGAUGCACCGACUGGAUACUAUGAGGACGCUCCGGGGAGGAUGACCGCCAUAUACACCGCGGGUAUGAUGGCAAGGAAUAAAGAGAAAGGAGAGACUGAUGUGUUUGUGCAUGAUGUGAAUAGGGUGGUCGAAGAUAAGUUCUCCAUGGCAUUUUUAUGCCAAGGGUACAUGAAAAAGCAAGAAGGAAGGCUUAGACACUUCAGAAUCCCUAGCCAUAAGGAUAGCUUGGAAAGACCCUUAUGCCCUGAGUGAUCUUACAAAUUUCUUGCCUGCCUUUUUCCCUUCAUCAAUUCUUUGUUAUAUUGUUGAUUGAUGCUGUUUCAGGGGGGAAUUAUCCUUUUUUUUUUGUUCUUUUGUUUUGUUUGAUCAAAGCAAAAUAGGAAAGCGUAGCACUAUUGCAUUGCAAGUUGCUAUGCAUGCAUUUCUUUGAACUCAAAUAUAGAACUGCAGAAUUUAUAAUAAAGGAUCAGUUCCGUAUUCCGUA